CGGGCUGAGCGAUGCGGCUGGCGGCCCCCCUGCGCUUUGCGGCCGCCCUGGGGCUCCUUUGGCUCCUGGGCUGGGUCCUGCUGGGGCCCCCCCGCACCCCCCCUGCGCUGCAGCGCCUCCUGCUGGCCCGCCCUGAGGCCCCGCCCACAGCAGCGCCCCGCCCCCCCCGGUUCAAGUGCGGGCUCCCCCGGCCCUGCCCCCCCGCCCAUUUCGCCUUCCGAUUGGUCAGCGGCGCCGCCAACGUCAUCGGGCCCAAGAUCUGCCUCGAGGACCGCGUGUUAAUGAGCAGCGUCAAGAACAACGUGGGCCGAGGCCUCAACAUCGCCCUGGUCAACGGAGUCAAUGGGGAGCUCAUCGCCGCGCGCGCCUUCGACAUGUGGGCGGGGGAUGUGGAGGAGCUGCUCAAGUUCCUGCGGCCGCUGCACGAGGGGACCUUGGUGCUGGUGGCUUCCUACGAUGACCCCGCCACCAAGUUAACGGAGGAGUCCCGGCGCCUCUUUGGGGAGCUGGGCAGCGCCGUCGCCAUGGACCUGGCCUUUCGGGACAGUUGGGUCUUCCUGGGGGCCAAAGGGGUGCAGGAGCGGAGCCCCUUUGAGCAGCGCUGCUCCCAUCCCCGCAGCACGUCCGGAACAGCCGCGGCUCCAACAAGUACGAGGGGUGGCCGGAGGCGCUGGAGCUCGAGGGCUGCGUCCCCCGCAGGGCCCCCGACCCCUCCUGACCCAUAAGUGCCCCCCCCCGGACCCAUAAGUGGCACCUUCUCACCUCCCCCUCCACUGUGUGGUCCCAGGGGGCAAAUAAAGGCUGGGCCCAAAUGGA